AUGCAAUAAUUCUAAUAAAUCCAAGAACCUUUUGUUUGUGCUUGCGGUUUUUCUUGCAAUUACAAAUGUGAGAAAGAGCUGGAGAUUCACAUAGAUGCAUGUCCUGUUUACAGUGCUUACAGCGAAUUUAUGAAAUAUAUUGAAAGAAAGGACAUUUAAAAUGCUAGUCUGGAUUAACUCAGAGUAUUGAGAGCAGAAGCAAAGGUGUAUCUGUCUAGAUUGGAUAUGAUGCUAAUGAUUUAUUCACAAUAAUAAUUGCCAAUUUUGCAGAAGACUCCUUCUUAAACCGUCUAAUGUGAAAAGUGCAAGAAACAAUUUGGAGCCAAUUCAGAUUUUGAUAAAGUCUGGUAUCUGGAAAAUUGUUCACACAUCCUCUGCAAAGAUUGCAUGUUAAAGAUUUGUAAGGAUGACUUCCUACCUAGGAAAAGCAAUGUUACUUGUGUGUGUGGCGAGAGAUUCAAGGAUCAAGAGAUUAAAUAGAUUUUAGGAAAGGAGCUUUAUGAACAAUUAACUGAGAAACUCAAUUUAUCCCUUUAGAAUAUCAUUGAGUGCUGUCAUUGCAAAGAACGAUUCUGUUUCUAGAAGGGAAAUAUAGAGGAGAAGAUUUAGGAUCAGAAUGGUAAAUUAGUACAGGGAGAACAACUGAAACAUUAUAUUGAAAAUCGAUUUAAAUGCUCAAAGUGUCACACAGAAUAAUGUCGGAAUUGCAUGAGUGUACCCUAUCAUACAAACAUGACUUGUGAAGAAUAUAAAAUCAAUAAGGCAGCAGUUAAAUGCAGAUUGUGUGAUUAACCCACAGAAGUAAAGAAGAAUCAGCCUGAAGCAUUAUAAACAAUUUGUUAAUAAUAAGAAUGUCAAAAUAGAGCUAAAAAUUUAUGCACUAUUAAAUUUAACUGCGGACAUUUUUGUUAAGGAUUAAAGAACACUCCUUGUUUGCCAUGUCUUAAUGAGAAGUGUGCCAAGGAUUAAAAUGAAGAUGACUAUUGUAAUAUAUGCUUUACAGAAGGAUUGAAAUCACAGCCUUGUGUUCAGACUACUUGUGGACAUAUAUUCCAUGAAGAUUGUUUAAGAUAAAAAUUAGAUGCCAAGUGGAAUGGUCCUAGAAUUGUAUUCAAUUUUAUGAAAUGCCCUUUAUGCAACAAAUUUUUGGAUGUCUAGGUGCCUCACUUCAAAAAGUCUAUUGAAUAAGGAAAGGCUUUGUUGAAGGAAGUCUAGGAAUUGUGUUUACAGAGAUUGAAAUUAGAGGAAAAAGAGAAGGAUAAAGAAUUAUUGGAUCCUACACAUUAGUUUUAUCAAAAACCUUUAGACUAUGCUAUGCACAUCUAUUGUUAUUAUUUAUGCUUCAAAUGCAAAAAGCCAUAUUUUGGAGGAUUAAAGAAUUGUUAAUAAGCAGCAGAUUAAGAUCCUAAAGUAGAAUUCAAGUAAGAAGACUUGGUAUGCACCAAAUGCUGUCCGUUAUUAACUCUUGAAGAUAAAUGUAAAAAACAUGGAGUUGAUUUUAUUGAUUUCAAAUGUAGACAUUGUUGUUCAAUAGCAUUAUGGUGGUGUCAUGGUACAACCCAUUAUUGUGAUCCUUGUCAUAGAAACAUCAAAACUAACAUGACCAAACCAUGUCCAGGACCAGGCAAAUGUCCACUUGGAAUUCCUCAUAAGCCCAAUGGAUAAGAAAUGUCCUUAGGUUGUUCUUUAUGUAGAGCAGAGAGAUUGAAAGCCAAAUGA